AUGAAGCGUGUCCCGCACCCGUCCGGGGUGGACAUUAUAUUUGAUGCCAAGUGGCACCAGUACAAACUCGGCCACACGGCCCUCCGCUCAGUGUCGAAGGUGCUGGACAAACACUUCCCCUUCGACGAGAAGCGGGUGCUGGCGCUAGUAUCAAAAAAGACAGGGCAGCCCGUGGAAGACGUAAAGGCGGGCUGGAACCGGCAGGCGCUACUCGGCAAAAAUAUUCACGAGUAUAUUGAGGCGAAAUUGUGCGGCCUGCCACCGCCCACGUGGACGCUGCUACUGAAACGCCAGCAGAAACAGGCGGAGGCGGCGAAGGCUGAGGAUAAUAAAAAGAAGCGUGGCAGGAAUAAGAAGGAGGCUGCCGCUGCAGAAGCUGAAGAGGGGGAGCAGGGGGGGGGCGGCGUCUUCGUCAACGGCAUCCAAACAGUCGACUGUGGAUGCCCUCUUGCAUGGCGAGGAGGCCGCCUACAUGAGGGCCGCAGACGGUGUGAUUAA